UUGAUUGACUGAUUAACAGACCGAUUGUUUAUACCGAUAGAUAAUCUCAGAGAGAGAGAGAGGACUUACCGAUUGACCGACAGAUCAACCGAUUUGCCCGAUUGAUUGGACUGUCCAUCAAAUUGAUUGAUUGACUGAUUAACAGACMGUUGUUUACACCGAUAGAUAAUCACACGGAGAGAGAGAKAGGACUUACCGAUUGACCGACMGAUCAACCGAUUUGCCCGAUUGAUUGGACUGUCCGUCAAAUUGAUUGAUUAACAGACCGAUUGUUUACACCGAUAGAUAACCAGAGAGAGAGAGAGAGAGAGAGAGGACUUACCGACUGAUCUCUCAUCAACCGAUUUGCCCGUUUGACUGACCAUUAUUUGAUCGGCGAAAACAACAACAAACCAAAUACAAGACAUGGACUUUCAAAUGGACGAAGACUGUGACCAACAACAACAACAACAACAGCCRCAACAGCAGCCGUCGGCUACCAAUCCAUUAGGACUGCAGCAGCAAUCGGGUGUCGGCCUCGGCGGUGGUGGCGGCGAUGCAUUGGAUCAACUAUUGACCGGCGAUUUGUUGCAACGUUUUUCGUGUAUGAAUACUACCGACCGGGAAGUACUGAUUGAACAAUUGAAACGAUUGCUCGGCGAACACGCCGUCAACGAUGAUUCGGCAAAGUUCUGGUUGGAUAUGAAUAACUGGAAUCUUCAGGCGGCCAUCGGCUCGUACUUUGACUACGAACAGCCCGCCCAUAGACUGCCGGCCAUGAAACUGGUCAGCGAUGUUACCGUGGGCGAGGGAGAGGAGGUACCGCCCAAUUCAAGGUUUACGAAAACCUGGAGGAUAGCCAACUCUGGUGAGGACCAGUGGCCGACCGGUUGUUGUCUACGAUUUACCGACGGCGAUCAAAUGUGUCACAGCGAACGUGUACUAAUUGAUCCCCUAGCACCGGGCGAUUGUACCGAUAUUAAUGUCGAUAUGAUUAGCCCACAGAAAUCGGGUACCUAUACUGGCCAGUGGCGUAUGAGUACGCCUACGGGRCAAUUUUUCGGAGAGAUAAUUUGGGUGAUAAUCAGUGUCUCGGAGGGCGGCCUACUGGCCGUUACCCAACAGAUGAACCGUUUCAAUGAGUUGGGCGCCACUGCCGGCGGCGCUUCUUCAUCGUCGUCGUCAUCAUCGCCUCCAUUGCCGUGUUUUGCCUCUACGGUCGGCGCCGGCGGUAGUAUAGGUAUUGGCAACCCGUUUGGCGGUCAACAUCAACAACAUCAUAGCACUGCACUAAUGCCGGUGCCGUCGGCAGCGGCUAUGGGUAGUAGUAAUACAACUAUAAGUCAACAACAAAUGUCACUACACUUACCAUUUGCUAACAGUUUAACACAUUUUACGACAACGUCGACGACAACUAAUUGUUGGGAACACGGCACCGGUAUCUAUGUAUCGGAAGUACAUCCCGGUUCGGAAGCCGCCAAACAGGGCCUACAGGCCGGGGAUCAAAUUGUACGGAUAAACGGCUACUCACUUGAACACGCCGUACACGACGAUUGUAUAGCAUUGGUUAAGUCUAGCAACCGGUGUGUAUUGAAAGUUAAACCGACGGGUAUGUUACCCAAUCGGGACCGACAUCAGGACAUACUAACCUGGAAACUACUGGCCCAACAAUCGGCAGUUAAUAAUGCAAACAACAACACGGUAGGAGGUGUCGGAGCCAAUGGACAACUACUACUACAGCCGCCACCACCGCCUCCGUCAUCGAUAGGGUCGUCGGCUGAGGACAGUUGCAACAGUCAUAGUCCGUCCCCGCCSUGGACUACACCGCCGUCGUCGACGGCCAGCCAUUCGGACAGYGAGUCGGCGUCGGCGACGACAAUACCCGACGGUAUCGGUAGCGGCAAUAGUGGUCACGACUGUCUAGAGUCGACCAUCUAUAUCGACCUCCAGGGCAAACAAUUAGGCUGUUCAGUGGUUAAGGGACCGCCCAAUAUACCCGGUAUUUUUGUACAAUCGGUUAAAACGGGUGAAACCGCUCAUCAGUCGGGCCUAGAAGUGGGCGAUCAGAUCAUACAAGUAAACGGUWUUAAUGUMUUGAAUAUGGAUUUUUCCGAUGCAAUCGGUCGACUCAAGUCAUUGCCGGCAAUGACACUAACCGUACGGAAAACGGCCGGCAAAUACCUGUUCAACAAUAAUCAUAAUCAUAAUCAUAAUAAUAAUAAUUUAAUCAAUGGGAACGGUAUGCUGAUURGUAACGGUAGUGGUAGUGUUACGGCAAUUGUACACAACCAACAACAACAACAACACCAGUCCCAUAAYCACCAGGUGCUCAAUGGUCAUCAUCAUMAUAAUAAACAUCAUCACAACAAUAACCGUAUGAMAACUACUAGUUCACUAUCAUCAUCGGCAUCGUUGAGCACCUGUAGCUUAUCGGCACCGACACCAAAACAACAACAGUCUAUAUUAGCACAAAAUAACGGCAACACAAAAGCGCACAUAACAGCAAAAAUGAUAACAAAAAACGGUACAACCGUUUAUAGCACCGGUAGUACUGGUAGUGGUAGUGGUGAUGGUGAGGAAGGUAUGGGUAGUGGUAGUCAUUACUCUGAAAACGACUACUCUAUCAGCGAAAUGGAUAGUAUCGAUGGYAGUGGUGAUGAUGUCGAUGACCAUCAYAUGAUAAGCACCGGUAUGUCUACUACUACUAGUGGUUCAGUGAUGGGUCAGUCGGCUCAGGAAAUGAUGGAAAAAGUCAGACUAGAAGAGGAACGACUGGCCGAUGAACGCCGUAAGCUUGAGCUACARCAACAACAGCUGAAACUGGAGCUACAGAAGCUUGAAAUUGAAAAGAAGGAACUGGAAAAACGUAAACAAUUAGAUGAAUGUCAGUCACUGUCUAACUGUUCACUGAGUAGUACAUCAAACAGUUCGUCCGGUUCCCAGUCUAUCGGGUUUUUAGAUGAAAUCAAAGCCAUGGGUGAACACACCCGACGAUUGCUCAGACCUGUCGACAACAACAACACUAAUAGUACCGGUGCUAACAGUCGACGACAAUUAAUUGGUGUCCCAUUACCAGCACUGGUAGGCAAAAUGCCGCCGACAAUAGAUAACAGCAAUAAUAGUAAGCUUUUAAUGGAGGAAUUCCGUCGAGCGCACCGUCGGAUGUUUGGCAACAAUACUAAUACUACUACUACUGGCCAACAAUCAGCUACCGGUGCUGAUAGUAAUAGUAGUGAUGGACAGCAAACUGAUAGCAAUAAUAGCACUGGUAUUAGUAAGUYGUCUCAAAUAAUUUCAAGUAAUAAUAAUAAGGAAGCGCUUAAACAGUCUAAAUCAUUGCCGGCGCUCAACAAUAGCAACAAUACAACUACCGGUGCCAUCAAWGGUAGUGGUGGUGUACACCAGAUGAUACCAUCACCGGUUCCCACUAGUAGUACACUACACCUACCGGUCACUGGUGGUUGUGGUGUCGGUGCCGGUAGUAGUGGACAGCCGUUAGUCCAAAUCGGUACCUAUGCUAACACAACGUUUACAAAAAAUCGGUUUAUCGCACAACAACCCCAACACCAACCCCAACAACACCGUAGUGUUAUACAUGUCCGCAGCACCGGUAGUAAUGACCAGACAAUGUUCAAUACAGACAAUCAUAGUAGUAGUAGUAGUAGUAGCUGUAGUAGUGGUGAUAGCGGUGUUGUCGACUCAUUCUCAACUAGCAAUACACCCACACAUUUUCAACCAUACCGUAUGUAUCGGUUGAACAAUAAAAUGAUGACUUACUAUGAAAUUGAAGCAAAUCUCCAGCAAUACCUACCGUUUCCCUAUCAGACUGAUUGCCAAUCAUAUGAUAAUGAUAUCGAUGUCGACAACAAUAAACAACAAUCAACUGAUGGACGACCACUAGUAGGACGACUGGAGAAACCAAAAUCCCGUACGGAAUGCAUGUUAAACAUAAUGACUGAUAGAGAUUCAACAACAGUCCCGUUGACGGGAUUCCCGACGUAUACUCAGAUCAAUAUAAUACCCAAACAUGGAUUAGAGCCACAAAUCACUGAACAGUUAUCAAUGGAUAUCUAUUCACUUAUCUAUGAAAUCGGUGGUACUAUUGACAUCUUUACUCUCCAAUUUACCAAUACACCAUAUAGCAUUCCAUUUUAUUAUCCGCCUAAACGAAUUGCAACCUACUCAUAUGAAGAUAUAUGCAAUAGUGUCUACGAAAAGGAUCACGACUUUAACUUUUAUACUGAUGAUAUAAUUAUAAUGACGUUGCGAAUAACUAAACAUCCUACAGCGCAAGUCAAGUAA